AUGGGUGCCAAAUUGGCAUUUUCCUACGCUCUUUUCUUUCUACAAUUACAAUAUAUUUUUGCAAAGGAUUUUUGCCAAUUUAAAUGUAGAGAAACGACAAAUUUUGCAUGUGGCCAUGAUCAAAAACCAGCAAAAAUUUGUGUGGAUUAUGAAGCUUUAGACUUCAAUAAAGAUGAUAAAGAACUGGUACUCAAAAAACACAAUGAAAAGAGAAAAUUUGUUACUACAGGCAAAGCAGUUAAUGGAGAAGGUACCAGUUUGCUGAAAGCUACAGAUAUGACGUAUUUGGAAUGGGACGACGAUUUAGCUUAUUUAGCAAAACUGAACGUGUUACAAUGUAAGAUGGCACACGACAAAUGCAGGAAUACAGAAUACGAUAAUGGGCAAAAUCUAUUUAAUGCAAUGGCUACUUACAAACUUAACAAAACACAGAUAAUCGAACAGGCAGUCGAUAUGUGGUUCGAUGAAAUAAAAUACGAACACAAUUCUGAUAUUAAGAAAUUCGAAGGAUCUAGCAUGCAAUUAUCGCCAUGGAAAUAUGAAAGGUGA